AUGAAAAUUACAUUAACAGACCUGAAAGAAGUUAUUAAUAAUGUUGACUGUUUGCUCGAAAAUGAAUUGCGCGAUAUUGUGGAAAGUUUUUAUUUCGAAUCGUUAAUUAGUAUAAAUGUAGUAGACACAGAAUAUUUCAGAUUGCAUAUAGUCCUUCUGGAUAAACUAAUCAAACUUGAUUUGUUUUGUCAAAAUGACCAUGCCGUUAAAAAUACCUUCCAAUUUAUUAUAUUUCAUUUUAAAAAUCUGGAGGAUGGGAACUGCUAUGAAAUUUUGGGAUGGCUGUUCAGUUUGUUAAACGCAUUAGUCCGAAGAAGCGCAGAUGUUCAAAAUAUUAAAAAUUUCCUCUCUUUAGAAAGAGAAAAAAUUUUGGAGGCGAUGACCGCAACGAUGAAGCUAAAAUCAUUUAAUUUUAGUCACAUGAGUUUUAUUAAAUCCAUAACAUGUGACUUAUUAUCAAUUGAUGGAUGUGUUUCUGAAUCACAUACGAUUACAUUAAAACAAAUUAUGGAUAAUUUAGAAGGAUUAGGUGGAAUUUAUGAAAUUGUUGAGAUAUGCCAUGUAGUGAUUGAAAAAUACGACGUUUCUACUUCAGCAUUUGAAAUAUGUGCUGUGUGGAUAUUAACUAAAGGAUCACAACUUUUAUCUACGGAAUAUGAAGAGAAAGUUUCGUUGAAACUGAUGCAAACUCUAUACUUUGUAAAUUAUAAAUAUUCUUCCUUAAAACAUAAAGUACUGAUCCAUAAUGCUGAACUGGUCAAAAUGGUGGACUCUAGUAUAGCAACAUUAGCAAAACACUUAGAGAUCCUCAUACACUUUUUUGCCAAAGAAAAUUUGAGGGAAGAGUCUACGAGACUAUUUGCGAUAGUACUGAUUAAACAAACUUGUAUUAAUGAUUGGGAUUAUUGUUAUAAUAAGUUGACAUUGCUGCCAACUGAUUAUUCAGAAUGGGUAAAUUCGGAUCCUGACAUAUUUCUGAGAAUAUGUUAUAUUCUUUGCUUAGAAAACAAAGUUAUGUGGGUACCUGAUAAAAUUAUGAAGGUUAUAGCCUCGGUGAUUUACUCAAUUGAGCGGUAUACAUUGGAAACAGAAAUGCUUAAAAUUAUUUGUUACAUUUAUCCCUUUAUCAUACCAGAGUGCAUCAACCAAACUAAUGCUAUUUUGGGCGACGACCUGCUCAUAAUUAUGGAAGAAAGCAUUUAUGAAUUGGAAGAUAUAUUAUCUUUACACGUUAGCCAGCUAAACUGGAUCCUGUGGAGAGCAACUCGGCCAGUGAAAAUGAGAGUUAUUUGUUUUUGGCUAAGAAAUAAUGAGAAUGAUAUGUUAAGAAAGUAUAUCCUUCAUUGUAAAGCUCAGAAUAUUUUGUUCGAUAUUAUAAGAGACCGUUGCGUUGAGGACAGCAUUGCUUUUAGUGCCGCAAAUCUUUUCGCAACUAUUCAAGACUUUUACUUACAAAUCGAGAUUGCCAAAUUGUUACCCCAAGCAAGUACCAGUGAGAUGUUUAAACGUUUGUUAAUUUCUAAUCCUGCUGUACCAGCAGACCAGAACUUAGCAACUAAACUUUGUAAAUUUAUGUCUGGAAUUAUAGUUAUCAUGGAUGAUAAUGAAAUAUUAGGUAUGCUUUGUGAAUACAGCAGAUCUUUGAUACACAGCCUUAAAGAUGACAAAGAUAUAGUGAGUGUAUUUUGUAAUGAGCCUAAAACGUUUCUAGUGAUUUUAAAAAGGAGCACACUGCUUGAAGAUAACAUAGCAACCAGCGUCAUUAGGUUGAUCAAAAUGUUACUUCUAGUCCAGCAACGUAAUAGAACCCUCAUACCAGGUUCACUUCAAAUAGAUUUCGGGUACCUCCUAAUAGGAUCUAAUCAAAAAUUGGCGAAGUGCCUAGAUGUCUUACAUAUUCUUACAAGUACUCGACAAAAUAGUUUAUUCAUGCGCAUAUCACAGAGUAGUAUACAGACAAUCUUUUUAAAAUUGUUUUCACUUAGUAGAAUUCCCGAAGUGGCCACUAUAAGUUUUUACUGUUUAAGUAAUAUGUUGAAAAUGAACACUUGGUUGGCUACUUUGACUGAAACGAAUCUUUUCAUAGAAUUUACGUGCAGUCAGGCAGUAGAUCAGAAUUCUUUUACAGAAUUUCUGGCGUUUUUAACUCAUUGGCUAAAAUAUAUGAAAAUGUCCUGGUUUCAUGAGACUGGCACCUAUGUAGCUCAUACAGGAAUCAUAAAAAGUUACAUAAGCAGAGCAAACAUUUCUAAAACAAUGAAAACUCAUUUAAUUCGACGUCUCAGUCUUCUAAAUAGACCGAGAACUAUUCCAAUUACCAAGCAUACAAGAGUAGCGUGA